UUUAGCGAGUACCGAUGAUGACCGGCACGGCACACGAAGAAGGUGGUUGGCCAGCACCACGCCCGGCCGCCUUUGUCUCCCCAGUGGUGACGUUUACACAUCGCACCAGGCACUCAUUUGAGGCUGAGUCGACCUAGUGGAGGCCCAGGACCGGUUCAGAUCAUUAUCGUCACCGGUGGUGGCCAUGAGUGGGAAUCGAACCCGUUGUUGCCGGGUUCGUAGCGCCUGUAUGUAGGUAUGUUGAUCUUCUUUCGCCAAUCGUGCAAAUCGGAGGUGAGCAGCGCGCUAACCACUGCACCCCCGCUCUCCACCACGACCACCACCACCACCACCCCACAUCCUCCUCUGCAACCCCUAGGCCAGCGGGCGGCAAUCUGCGGCUCUUCAAGGACUGCUCCGUGACGCAAUGGAGUCUGACGAUCUGGAGCCCUUCAACCUGAACGUGAACCUCUCGUGGCUGGUGGGCCUGGACUACGAGGAGAACGCCACCGCCCCGCACGACGCCGGCUGCGACCUCUCGGCCACGUGGCUCUUCCAGCGCAACUUCCUCGUGGCCGCCUACUCGGCGGUGUGCCUCCUGGGCCUGGCGGGCAACGCCCUCGUCGCCGUGGUGCUCACCCUGCGGCCGCGCUCCUCCCGCGGGCAGCCCACCGCCGCCGACCGCUUCCUGCUGAACCUGGCGGCCGCCGACCUCCUGUUCGUCGCCACGCUGCCCUUCGUGGCGGUGAACGCGACGGCGCGCUGGCGGCUGGGCACGGCGCUGUGCCGCACGGUGCACGCGGUGCACACCCUCAACCUCAGCUGCAGCAUCCUGCUGCUGGCGUGCAUCGGCGUCGACCGCUACCGCGCCAUCGUGCACGCCACGACGGCGCGCCGCGACGGGAACCGCGCCGGGGCGGCCGCGGCGGCCGCGCGGGGCUCUCGCGCCUGCGCCCUCGUCUGGCUCUUCUCGCUGGCGCUCACGGCCCCCGACUUCGCGUUCGGCGCCGUCACCGUGGACCCGCUGAGCGGCGCCAGCCGCUGCGAGCACGCCUACCCCGAGGGGCAGGCGGCCGCGUGGCAAGCCGCGCUGCGGGCCAAGCACCUGCUGCUCGCCUUCGUGGCGCCCGGCGCCGUCAUGCUCUUCUGCUACUGCAGCAUCAUCCGCCGGCUGUCGCGCUCGCAGGUGCACGAGCGCCGCAAGGCCGUGCGGGUGACCGUCGCCAUCGUCGCCGUCUUCUUCGUCUUCUGGCUGCCCUACAACGCGGUGGUGGUGGCCGACACGCUGGCGCGCCUCGGCGUCGGUGCUCCGGGCGCCGAGCAGCGGUCGCAGGACGGCACGGACGCGGGGUCGGAGGCGGCGGCGGCGCGGUCGUGCGCCCUCGAGGAGACGCUGGCCCGGGCGCUCGCCGUCACGGAGGGCCUGGGCUUCGCUCACUGCUGCCUCAUCCCCGUGCUCUACGCCUUCAUCGGGGAGAAGUUCAAGCGCCGACUGGGCCGGCUGCUCAAGCACUUGCGCUCCUCGCGCAAGGCCGGCGGUGGCGGUGGCGGAGGAGGGGGGGUGCACGCGAUCGCGCGGUACCCGGCGAGCGUCAGCGCCCACUACCAGCGUGGCCGCGUCACCUCCGUCACGUCCGAGUCGGAGUUCUCCAGCUGCUGAAGAGGAGAUGGUGGUGGCGGAGGGAAGGGGGGUGGAGAAGAAGAAGGGGGCGGGGGUGGGGGUAUAGCACCCCAAAUCAAAAUAAUCGGUCCUGCAAUUGUACAGGAUAGGAAUCCACCUAAAACCUACGUACGGCCUAAUUUCAUUGUUCCAUCUCCACGGCAGACGUGACCUUGUAUAAUAGUAAAAAGUUAACGACGCAUUUUUAUUUUCUAUUAAACUAUCUAAUUUUUAUUUUACCAGGUAAGGCCCCCUGAGCUUAAUAGCUCCUUUUCAGAAGCCACCUGGCCACAAAUGAUAGGUCAACGAAGUGGCUUGUCACGUGGAAAUUCCUAGCAGCCAAAUGUAUGUAUGUUGAACUUAUUUCGCGCCGUACGUGCUAAUUGCGUGAUUCACAAUGUAGGAGGGAAACACCGCAGGAGUUGGGAGAAAAUUCCACGCGACUACGGUGAGGAGAGAGAGAGAGAACGCGCAAACUCCAAACAUACAGCAGGCGUCAGUGAGCGUGGCCUGCAGCAUGGAGUUGUGCUAAACUGACCGCACAGUCACACUGGAGGCCUCAUUGGCUGCAAGGGAACAUUUCCUGUUGGGUCACAAACAGGUCAUCUGAGUGACUGUUGCCUUCAGGAAACGGCGAACGGGCUCCCCAUAGCGUAAGGGUGCCAGUCCUCACCAUAUUAUGGGGAUCCCAGCUGCGUAUUGCAGCAGCAAACAUUGAUCUGUCUGCAAGUUUUUGUGUCUUUGUUUCAACGGCUGCCCGUUGUCGGGAUGGCCACAUUCUCUCGGCCCUUGCAAUCGCUGGUUCUGAAAUGACAAAAUGGCAACGUGUUCAGUUCUUUUGAGCUCGUGGUCUGGGCAAGGCCGAGAGCUUUUGUUGGUCAUGCAAUUGCUGCACCGCUUGUGUGUUGGUUCCUCUACAAGACGAAGCGCGUGCACACAUGCAGUGCCGGAUUAUCCUAGUAGCUAAAGUAGCAUAUGCUAUGGGCCCCACACUUUCAAGGGCCCCGCGCUAAAUGCUUUCAAGCUAUCAAUUCCGGUUCAGUGAUUCUGCACUUGCUCUAUUACCAUAGUACUAUACCGCCUUCAACUUUUAUGAACGGCUGGGUGGUUAAGGUUAGCGAUUUGUCGCAUUAUCUGGCUGUAUAGCAAAUGAGAAAAUACAAUUACUUUACUAUGCAAGUAAAAAAAUUGUGUUUUAAUAUUUAUGUUUUUUUAAAUAUAUUUAGAGCCCCUUUAUAACAUAUGCUACAGGCCCCGCACUAGCUUAAUCCGGCACUGCGCACAUGCACGUGCACACGCACACUACGAUUCGCCUUGUAGCCCUUGCAGUCUGUCGAUACAAAGUGCCGUUCGCGAGCACCUAUUAAGGCGAAACCCGACUCAAUAGGGGGAGGUGUGUUAAGCAUCACGCCCCCGGACGCCUUUGCCUCCCCAGUGCUGACGUUUACACGCCAAGGCAGGUAAUAAUGUAAGGCGUUGGGAGACGUAGGACCGGCUCAGAUGUUCGCCACCGCCGAUAGCCAUGGGAUGCUGGGAUGGUCGUUAGUGCGUUAAUCACAGCGCCACCGCUCCACAGCAAAGAAUGAAUAUCCCCCGUGUAGCUUUAACAGACCGUUGGGGCAAGUGCUGUUAGCGAAUAUCGAUGAUGGCCGGCACGGCACACGAGGGAGUGGGUGGCCAGCACCACGCACGACCGCCUUUGUCUCCCCAGUGGCGAUGUUAACUACACACCGCACCAGGUACUCAUUUGAGGCUGAGUCGACCUAGGGGAGGUCCAAGACCCGAUUAAGAUAAUCGUGACCGGUAUUGACUGUGAGCUGGAAUCGGAACUUGGGUCGCCGAAUUCGUAGCACAGCGCGCUAACCGCGACACCACCGCUCCCCACAAACAUGCACAGGGCUUUUUUCAAUUAAAAGUUAAAUGUCAAUAAUUUCUGUCUAUUUGAAUAAAUGUUCUUUGGAAAAAAUCUAGGGAAUGAAUCAAACGUGCACACGUCUCGUUAAAAGGUUCGUCCUGUUCGCGAGCAGGAUUAGAAUCCACACGUCGCUGUAUAUUUUGUCGAAGACAAACAUUGACCCAGUAAACACGCAACGUUGAGUCAACGUUGGCCCAAAGUUGGUUCGGCGCUUCCAGCCACGUGUCAACGUUAGCCCAACGUUGGCGUGCUUAAUGGGUAAGACGCAUGCGACUGAGAAUUAAAGUCGAGAUUAACCGCACGUCACGUGUUCCGUCCAAUCGCAGUUCCAGUUACAAUCCGCGCGCUACUUCGCAAAGAGUUAAAACCACACCGCGUGCCUUAAUACGGCCUGGACAUUGCUUGCAAGACGAUUUGGAUCGGCCGCAGUCCUUCCGCACGCGAUUCGAAAGACGCCAAUGACGCCUAUCUCGGGCGUUCGAUGGCUCGACUUCGUCAGAAAUGUCGCCGUCACAUCUGCAGACCCGGCGGCCGCCCUGUGCGAUCGAGAGCUCAGUUCGAGGGACGUUAGACGGAUCGUCGCUUUGCAGACCGAUGUCGCCCCGUCUCGGUGCGUAAACUCCAGCGGCACAUUGCGCUCGCUGCGUUGCUGUUGGUGCGAGAUCGACGUUCGAAGUUGAUGGACUGCGACCCUCAAAGGAAUUGGGCACCCGCCGUCGUGGUCGCCCCACGUGAUCAGUGGAUCAAGCAAAGCACUCGAGAGCACGCCGCGACGUGUGGCAGCCGAGGGCAGUUGAUGCGAAUGCUGUCGCAAGAACGAGAAUGAUGUAUUUAUGCUGCAGGAGGAAUCCGAUGAGCCUGUGAAGCUGUUUCUUGUCACGGAUGUUCGGUAGGGGCCUGGGGAGGAGUCAGAACGGCACAACAACAAACAGAACACAAACACGAGUGCCAAGUACAAGAAUGGUACACAAAUCACCCAAAUUCUAGAUGUGAAGUUUUCGUGACUGUUUUUUUCGGAAAGUCACGGCGGUAAAAAAUUAAAUAAAUGAAACAUUUUUUGGUUGUUUUUUCAUUUAUUUUAUUUUUUACCUAAAUCACCCAAACACAUACAAAUUAAACUAAACCAUCCCCAUCCUACCAGACAAAGGCCCCUCGAGGUAUUAACUUAUUUUUCAAAAGCGACCUGGCCACAAAAUGAUAGCUCAACAAGGUGGCGUAUCACUUGGACAUUUCUCGCAGCUAAAUAAUCCAAAUAGCCUCGACGCAAGAGGUCGCACGUUUGGCACAACGGCCCCUCGCUGACUGCACGUGACGAAUGAACACGUUCAGUCAGUUUCAGUUUCAUGUAUUAGGUAAUAACCCUGUGAGCCAUGCGGCUCUUGACUCGGGUGCAACCGCAACAAACACAAAAACAUGAACAAGAAACAUCUUAAAGUGACUGCACGCAACAGAAAAAUCCAGGAAAAAACAGCAAAGUCUUCCAGACGAAGCACCGUAUUUCAACGCUGUGUGCAAAAAUCCCAAUGGGAUGCAAGUCAAACAAUAACAACCAUAAGACAAUUUAUAUUAAAGUUAUCAGGCUAACUCUGUACGACCACAAACAAACAUGGCUAAACCAAAACGUUUUCAAAAUCACCAAAAUAAACCUAGAAAAACAAUGUAACGUGAGGAGGGGGAUGACGUUCAAACAUCCGUACAUUUUACGGACAAGGCGAAAUCCUUGCGAGUUGGGGAGCCUUCCCCCUCUACGCGAGUCGCACGUUGUUGCUGGACUGCCAUCUUACUGAUACCACCGAUUUGCCUCCCUGCGGUGGCGCGAUAACCGGCAUCGAUUUGGAGGUGGGAUUGUUGGUGGCUUCGCACGGAGGUUGCGAGGGCAGCCAGUCGCCUGAGCAAUGCAGUACAGCAAGUAAGGUGUCCGACAGGUGCAUUUUUUUUGCUGGGUCUGCGCCACGGUUAUAGAAUU